AUGCCCUUGGGUCCCCCGUUGACGAUACAGCAGCUGUUCAUCUAUCCCGUCAAGUCUCUUCCGCCCGUCCAAGUGUCAUCGGUGGAGCUCACCAACGAGGGGUUACGCUUCGAUCGAUGUUUUGUGUUGGUUAACCCUCCGAAGGACGGCUCACGGCUGGCGAAAUUCCUCACCAUCAAGAAGCAGUUCAAGCUCGCACUCUUUAAGCCCACCAUAGAUGAUAGCUGGACGAAACUGACGAUCCAUCACACUCGAGCCACUCCUCUGUCUUCAGUCACGGUGCCACUAACUCCGUCGCCACUAUCUCUUCUGGCGAACAAGACCUUUGAAGUCAGCAUCUUUGGCACAACCGCAAUAGGUAUCGACCUAGGGGAUGAGCCGGCCGCCUUCUUUUCCAAGCACCUGGACCAGGACGUUCGGCUCCUUUCUAUAGGAGGGACCGGCCGCCGUGACAUUCCUGGGGCAGCAUACAUCCCGAGCCAACGCAGUGCCUUGUCUCUAGCUCUCCAAGAAGGCCUGCAGCCGCAGCGCAUCCGAUUUGCUGAUGCUGCUCCCUUGCUGAUUACCUCGACCGCGUCCGAGCAAGAUGCCCGCUCUCGACUGCCUCCAGAGUAUCAAUACGAGGAUGUGAUACUCCGAUUCCGACCUAACAUUCAUGUUGAUGUCAAGGGUCAACUCCCUCCCUAUGACGAGGACAAUUGGUCUUCGCUGUUGGUUCGAUCGCAAUCGGACGAGGCACAGGAAGUCACAAUCAAAUGCAUCUUCCGGACAGUCCGAUGCCUCAGCUUAAACGCUGAUCCCGAUACGGGGGAGAUGAUCCAUCGCGAUCGGCAGCUCUAUGGACUAUUGGCCAGUGACAGGAGAGUCAAUGACAAGUUUCCUCACAAGCCUGUGUUCGGUCAAUAUGCCUUCGCUGGCCCCUCUGGUGCCGUCUUGCGCACUGGAGAUACCGUCUACGUGACUGAAAGGAUCCAACGAAGCUAA